ACUCUUAACUUCAUUUUAAUCAUUAUGUCCGUGUUGGUGGCUAACAUUCCACCUGAAGCCUCCCUAGCGCAGAUACGUUAUUUUCUAGGAAGGGCUGGUGCAAUCCGUAACAUUACUGAGCCGUCACAUUCCGGAAGUGCCUAUGGCUCAUAUGUAUAUUGCCAGUACACUUCUCCGGCAGCGGCGGCUGAGGCUGUUCAGUUCCUUAAUGGACGGUCCCUCCUCAAUGGCUACCCUCGCUUGUCGCACCGGCAGCCUCCACCCCCUGGACUCGACCCUAUACCAAUGGCUUCCCUCAUCCCCUCCCACGAAGAUGUUCUUCGUACAACCCCUCCCUUGCCUAUCCUUCAUCCCCCGACACCGAUGACUGUGCCCAUACCAACCAUACCACAACAAUAUCCUAUUUCUCACCCAACUACCCCUCCCCCUUCCAUUCCUUUUUCCAAUCCUCCCCCUCCUGUACUUUCUCCUAUCCCCCAGGCGGCCUUUGCAGCGCCGCAGCCAGUGCCGCAGCCAGCGCCGCAGCCACAGCCGCAACCGCCACAUGCGUUUCCAUCUCAUUUUCCCCCACAUAGGCCUUUCCCUGCCCAUCCUCAGCCCCCAGCUGCUUAUGUCCAGCCCCCCAAGAUCUCUCCUUUCCUUGGGGAUGUGUCGUCAAAGGGGCAUGGUGUUGACUUCGACUCUUGGAGAUUCGAAGUCGACUCCUUGCUCCGAGACGGCACAUACUCGGAGCAGAUUUUGGCCCCAUAUGUUCGCCAAUCGAUCCGUGGAGAACCCAGUCGGCUAAUUCAAACGCUGGGCCCCCACGCUUCGAUUGGCGCCAUAGUUCGUGAGCUGGAGGGGAGUUACGGCACCGUCCAGGAUGGGCCGUCACUCCUCCAGCGGGCAUAUAACAGCAACCAAGAAGACCAGGAGACGGCUGCUGGUUUCGGUCGCCGUCUCAAACUCCUCGUGUAUGAUGCGUGCCGUCGUGGUGGCCUUCCUGUGGCCACCAUGGACAACGUUCUGAUGCAAAUAUUUUGGCGUGGCCUGAGAGACCAACAACUCAAGAAUAUCUGUCGCCAUAAGAAGGACGAGGUAGCCACAUUUGAUAGUUUAGUGCGCCUCGUCCGCUUGGGCGAGCAGGAGUUGGUUGCGAAAUGCCCCGUGAAGGACCUUCCCCCUGGCCCUCCACGCCCCACUCCUGCCCAUGACUUCAAAGAUGCCCUCUCGGUAAUUUCUUCCUCACUGGCUGAGCUUAAAGUCGCCUUAACACCCCAACCAGCGGCCCCUCCAAUCCAGCCCCCACCCCAUUUUCGGAGCUUUGCCAUGACCUCCAACAAUCCGCCCACACACAAUCCGCCCACACCAGCACGGUUUGAGUGCUAUAAAUGCGGUCAAGUCGGGCACAUUGCCCGUGGGUGUCGCAACCCCCCUAAGCCUCAAAAGUCCCAACAGUUAAACAGGCACCUGCCUCCACAGGGGGUGAUGUGGCAGGCAGCCCCGCCGUCAAACCCGGCGGCCUCCACCACACCCCAACAAUCCUAAAUCGCUUGGUGGGUAGUGCCAA